GUCUGUAGGUUUUGCGAACUACCCCAUCGCUUUCGAUGUAGCUAAUUUUAGCUUUAUAAUGGAAUAAUAUAGAUCUGCCAUCAGAUUUCUUAUACGAGUGUGCGUGUCACGCCAGAUACGUGAGAGAUGGCAGCCUUGCAACUUUACUGCUUGUACUUUGAUUAUUCUGCCAGCUGAGAUAUAAGGCAUUGGUGAUUCUGGGUAAACAGUGGGAAUAUAGGAGGUGUUUCUGGGAAAAUCAUGAAGUGGUCACCUUCAAAAGAAACAUACUUGAUGCUUAAUUAAUAUUAAGCCAUAGUGAUAAUUUUGUCCCAGGCCCUUAAGUCAUUGAGCUACUUAUCUCAGCUGAACACCAGUCAUCCAGAGACCAGCUUUCCUCUGCUGCCUGAGCAUGAUUAGGCAACCAUACGUACCCUGUAUGUUUCCAGAGAAGGAUGUUGGUAGAAUAUGGCAAAACUCAAAUACAGCGUGACGUCUCUCUUAUUUAUGUGUGUCUGUUUUAUUGAACCAGGGAAUACUGUCUCUACUCCAGGGGUAAUUAUUUUAAGCAGGAUGGGGAAUUUCUCAUCUUCACCGGGAAGCUUGUCUAGCGCAGAAUGUACCCGGUUAAUUGAGGAUGUGGUCUCCCAUAACUGUGUGGUGAUCUUCUCAAAGACCACGUGUCCAUACUGUAAGAUGGCCAAGAAUGUGUUCAGUGAAAUAGGGGCGGCGUACAAGGUGAUUGAGCUGGACGAGCAUCGUGAUGGUGAACCGCUUCAAGAGGCCCUGGCACAAAUCACAGGUGCCAGGACGGUGCCGAGGGUGUUUGUCAACGGAAGAUGUAUUGGUGGUGGCUCUGACACAAAGACCCUCCACGAACAAGGCAAACUGGCCUCCCUAGUUGAACAGUGCGCCCCCUGCUGUGUAAACAGUGAAGGUUCAGGCAGUGGCCACGGUCCGUAAAGUUCUUGUAGUCUCUUCAGCAACUUAUAAAGUGUUUUAUUGUUUGAAUUGUCGUUAAUUUCAUUAGUCUUUUAUCUGUCAUUUUUAGUUGUGGGUGGUUUGUCAGUGUAUUUACAUUCUUGCGCACACCUGGAGCUUCUGCAUCAUUACUAGGUACAGGGAACAGCACAUUAAGGCCAGACUCUUUGUUUAGAUUUGCCGGUUUUCUCAUGUUCUUUGUAUCCAGUUCUUGUUCCACAAAUGGGAAAAGCAUGUUUUAGCAAACAGUUACCGUGUGAGAGUGAUGUGCUUGGCCUGUUCGCACAGUAAUAGCUUUGUAUCAGGAAGACGGAAGGCAGGCUUGUCUUUCCCAAGUUUCUAAGUUUCCCAAGGUGCUAUGGUUAAAAUCUAUUAAUUAAAACCGAUGCACUUAAAUAUUGUACAUUUUUUCCCAGAACUGUUUGUGCAGUAUAUGGUCACUGGGCAUGAAACUGAUCCUAGCUACACAGAGCAUGGUUAAUGCUGGACAGGAUUUUACCUUGAGUGCUACAAAUCAUUUAGACACCUUAUUGCACCGUGGGAGAAAAACUAGGCAAGUUUCAGCAUGAGACCUUUGCCCCCCCCAGCAAGGGACCAGUUCCAAAUAUUGGUAUUAAGAUAAAAACAUUUCAUUUCAUUUGUAUUGAAUUGAAAAGAAAAUCAGUGGUAUCAUCCAUCUUGGUCAAAGGUGGACUGUAAUAUCGACUAAGUUUUUAGGUGAAAGGGCUGGCUUAUGUCUAUUUUAAGCACUUAAAUCUGCUCAGAGUAGGUUAGGUGCGCAGCUUACGUUACUGUAGCAAUAUAAUCUGUUUAAAAGUGAGCUGUGAUAUGCAAAACUCAAGUAAUCCUCUAGAAACCUCGUUAAGCCAGUAAACCUGCUUCACAGUACACCCCUUAUGUGUCCGGUUAAACCAGUACACUAAUAUCUCGUGUCUGUGUGUGUGUGUGCGCGUCCAUGUGUGUGUGUGUGUGUGUGUGUGCGCGUCCAUGUGUGUGUGUGUCUCAGCAGGUUAGAACACAUGAUUAUAAAGCCACUGGUUCAAAUUCUGUGGAUGGCAGGUUGGUUUCUGUAUUGGGCCCUUGAAGAAGACCCUUAAUCAGAGUUUUUCCAGGUGCUGGCUGACCUGCUCUCUCAACUGCACAUCACUACGGGUAAAAUUGUCUGCUAAAUAAAUGUGAAUGUCAACAGAAAGAGGAAUUUUCCAGUUAUAUGUGUGCGUGAUGGUUCUCAGCUAUAGAAGGCAAAUAAAUCUGGAAAAUGAAUCACUGAA